AUGACCACUCAGAAGGCGGACCGCAAACACCAAAGCCGGGAUCGUUGUAUGAGAACUACUUUGACCAAUGAGCUUCGUUUUUCGUUCCUCAAACUGGCAAAUUUUCAGUUUGUCAUCGGUGGCUUCUCUUCUCUGACUGUUUCCGCCUCUUCCUCUCAAUCCACUUCUGCAACCAAGCACAUCCCAACGCUCAAACCACGCACCUCGGUGUUUGGCUGCAGAACCCGGAAUCGAGAAAUCCUCCUAUCCAAUCUCCCUCCGUCACGGUCACGCCCGGGUAUUGCCUCUCCUUUGUUAGGACCACCCAGAGCGAGCUUGUGGAAACCACCCUCUCCAUUGCCCAAGAUGCCAACAGCAAUGGCUUCCAACGAGUCCUUCAAGGUCCACAAAUUCUCUUCCAAACUGCCAGAAGCAGAAGCUGCUCGGCAAAGAGAGAAUCAGCGGCGUCAUCGGGCAAGAGUGAAGGGUAAAAUUGCCGAGCUCGAAAGCUCUCUAGCUGACACCCGCGAAAGGCUCGAUGCAGCUCUCAAGCAUAUCCGAGAACUCGAGGCCGAGAACCAGAGACUCCGUGAAGCGUCCUCUCCUUCAGUCUACACUCCGGAAUCCCGGGAUGAGUCACCUGCAGAGCAGCUCCUCUACAUGAGCCAAAGUGGACAUGAUGGUUACCAUUACUCUCAGCCCCGGCCACAUCAACAUCAGUUCGAGCCACAUCAACCGCCACGGCAACUUCAACAGCAACACCAACAUCAUCACCACCGACAGCCCCCCGUAAAUGGUCUGGACAUCCUGGCCAGCAUUUCGUCCAGCGAAAGUGCAGUACCAACGCGCCACCGCACCUAUCACCCCCACGAACUAGACUGUGCUCGAAAUCUAGCCUCCCUACCAAGCUACGAACCCACACCCAUAGCCUCUCCCAGAGACAUGUCCCCCAUUGCCGCUUUACUGUCCAUGCCCACCGCAUCCCAGAGGGGCCAGGCAACCGACUUCCAUUCACCCUCCGCCACCACCAUCUCAGCCAGCUCUUCGACCGAGUCGCCAGGCCGGACCUCGGUCUUUGACUUCAACAGCAGAAGUAGUAGCUGCUACCACCCGUCCUCGACCUCGAACUCACAGUCCUCAGUGGACUCACACUCAAACUUCCAGGACAAGAUCGGCGAACUCAUCAGUUGUCUGGAUAACCACAUCGAAGACGAUGACGACUUGGUUCUGCCGGCUCCUCAGCCCGGUGAAUCCACCAUGCCCUGUCGAGAGGCUUUUUCCAUCGUCCGAAAGGUGCAGACGACCAGGCCUGAUUACUACUACGAUGCGGACUGCCGUGAAGUAGAAAACGUGGCGAGGGAGCAAUGGAAGCCAGGGUUUCGAAGCGCUAUUGAGCCUGGGUCAGGAUGUCGGGUGCAGACGCAUUUGGUCUAUGAUUUCGUUGAUCACAUUACUGAGCCUUGAUCCCUUGGCGGCCAGGUGACUUGAAACAGAGGGACAGAAGGGGUGAUGAACAUGGCCACCUCCGGAAAUGCCGAGGGGCUAUACAUCACCGGGGGAGAACUAAUGAGGGCAUGACAAGCGGUUGGCUGUCCUUUCAUUUUUCUCCGAAGCUUGAGGUGUUUCUUCUCUUUCUUUUUGGGCACUUCAACAAGAAACGCAUGCUAUAGCGUGGUCGAACAGAUGACUCGCGGUUUGAUCAGCUUGGAGAACCAGAAGUGCUACUUUUACACACCAGCGGACCACAAAAGAUGGGAUCGGUAACCUGAAGCCUAGAUCUGGAGGCUGAUGGAUGGGAUGAACUAUGCUUAAGAUAUGCAUAAAGCAAAGGCGUUACAGAUGACAAAACCUAGAGUGAACAAAAAUCAUUUUACCACGCUUCCUGUGCAGGCGGCUCGAACCGGACGGGAUGUCCCAGCAAUAUCCUAGCAAUCGACCAAGAGACCAAGAGCGGGGAGUCGGCUACAAAAGCACGACAAGGCGAACAUCGUCAUUUCUAAGCAGUUUUCAAUUGCUUUUCUGUGAUCUGCAUUCUCUGCCCAUAGUAUCUUGCAAGGCUUCUGCUACAGAUCUACUCAUAUAUCCUCCCAACAUACCACCAAGCCGCAGAAGAAAAAAAAAAAAAAUUGUCGACGUCUCGCUAGAGCGUGGUCUGACAUUAUAGCUCAAGGAAUACAACACCACCAGAGCAACUACGAAUCAUCAUCCAACAAGACCAUUCUUCACCAGGAUACCAUAUUCACGCUCACACCCGCGCAGUCAGUGGCCAUGUUAG